AAAUACGAUUACGACAGCAGCACAGUGCGGAAGAAAUUUUUCCGAGAAGCUCUGCUGCAGGUCACCGUGCCUUUCCUGCUGAAGAAGCUGGCUCCCACUUGCAAAGGGGACCUCUCAAGAUUCCAGGAGCUGAUUUUUGAGGAUUUUGCCCGCUUCAUCCUGGUGGAAAACACGUACGAAGAGGUGGUCCUCCAGUCUGUGAUGAAAGAUAUCAUGAUGGCCGUGAAAGAGGCUGCCGUCCAGCGGAAGCACAACCUGUACCGCGACAGCAUUGUGAUGCACAACAGCGACCCCAACCUCCACCUGCUUGGCGAGGAGACGCCCAUCAACUGGGGCGAGGAGUACGCCGGCGAAUCAGACACAGACCCCCUGGACGAGAAGCACCAUCGGGCCAAGCAGGUCGUCUCCGUGAUACACAUGGAUGAAAGUGCUCUGCCUUAUGAUGAAGUGGGUUCUUUGGAAAGAUCUCCAGAUGGUUCGGAAGCAGAGAAGUCCGACCGUUGUCCUAGUCCUCAGACAGAGGAUUCCUCGGACGGUGUGAAGGAGGUCCGUAUGUUGCUGGUGAAACAGCUGGAAAUCCCAGCUGUGGAUGGAGAUAAGGCUGAGGAACAAUUAAGCAAUGGUACUAUUACUCAAGAGAGCAGAGGAAUCCCGGAGCCCAGGAAGGAGGAAGAGGAGGAGACCGCUCAAACAGAAGAUGGCUCUCCUGCAGAAUCCUCCACCGAGCUCUAUCGAGAGAAACAGGAAGCCCCAGAACCUUCUCCAGCUGCCCCCACGCCAACCCCAGCUCCAGAUGGAGGAGUCCAAGCAGAAUGCCCGGAGCCCAGCAAUAAAGAGACAGGCGAGGAAGAGCUCUCUGUCCAAGCCGCCAAGGCAGAAGCAGAAAUCCCCCUGGAGAACAGCCACAAGGUCACAGAUGAAAGCGAAGGGGUGCAAACGCAGUUCUAGAUCGGCCUCCCCCCUUGGAAGAGAAUUCCUCGUGGCCAGAUAAACACGGAAGGGGGAGACCAGAACUGGGGACCCUGUGGGGUGGGAAGGACCAAGGCAAGUCGAUCCAAGGCGGGCAUAGGAACACCUCCAACUUGAGGUGCAUUUGAUUCUUCUGGAGAACUUCUGCCUUUGGAGGAGGGGGAGGGAAGGAAUGGCAAGGCAGGAACCCCAGAACGUACAUUCUACAACUUUUGGGUCCAGGGUGAUUUUCCUAGUCUUGGACUGGAGCGUUUCCCACACACACAACCACACACUAGUUCUCCUGAUGGUUGUAUUGGAUGUUCUGGAGAAGGGACUUCAUUCAUCUUCGAUGCCUUAACAAGUGCCUGGAGCGUUGAAACGCAGAGAGAAGCCAUUAGGUUUCUCCCUCUUGAUCUGGUACUAAUUUUGACUUUUUGACCCAUAACUUGGUUUGAUGGUCCCGUCCCUUUGUCUUCUUCCAACCGUUGAUGGUAGAAGACUCUUCCUCCUGGUGAGGAGGUCCUCUCUUCCCCUCACCCAGUGCUCAUGCUUAGAAACGGUUAUCUCUUUAAUUUGUCCUUUUCUGGACCUCCUGUUCUAGAUGUUUCUAGCACUAAAAUUGCUGUCGGGCGUUGGUCCAAUUGCGUUCUUGCCCCCCGCGGCAUCCAUCUCGGUCCAAAGUUACGCAAAGAUGGAGUUAUGCCCCAGUUUCAGGAGAAAGUAAGUAGGAACAUGCAGACUUUUUAGAAACAUGUGGAUGUAGGCUAGAGAAAGGGUGUGUGUAUUGUCGAAGGCUUGCUGGUUUUGAACCAGAAUGG